AUGGUCAAACGGAGUCUUCUAGACCACUCCAAUUCCAGGCAUUCCAAACGAUCUCGCGGGACAACUGCUUGUCAUGCCUGUCGAGCACGCAAGACGAGAUGUGACAAUGCCCGGCCAGUCUGCGGAUUCUGUGUUGAGCGCCAGGCCCACUGUGUAUAUCCCGAUACGCUUCCAGCACAUCCUGAGAUUGAUCCGACGAGUAAGGAAAUUUUGCAACAAUUGAGCCACAUCACGACUCUACUGGAGAAGAACACUCAGUAUGGUCAUUCCGACGCGGAUUCCAGGUCGUUUCUAGCGGAUAUCGCGCCGAACGAGAUGCCCGAAUAUUCUCAAUUGUUCUUCUGUGCGCCGGAAGCGAUCCUGAAAUGGCCGGUUUUCAAGGGGAUUGUGACGGAGGCUGACUCCUCCAUCCACUCUAUCUUGCUUGAAUCGCAGGAGAAAAACAACAAAAGGGAUUUAGAAAGCCACUUCGACUGCUUGGAUGGAGAUUUUGUCGGACCAUGCAUCGCGUUCCUGUCUUCAGCCAAUCGCCGGAAUCCAAUCGUUGACGCCGAAGAUCUCAAACGAUUUGCGCAUCAGUUACUGGCCUGCGCUUUGUCCCACCUGAGUAUCCCUUCUCAAAACAAGUUUAUCUUAGAUGAGCCGGACGCGUGUCCGCCACCCGAGAAGCAUGUGGCCGAAGCUUAUUUUAAUGAGGCCAAGAAGCGGCUUGGAAUGCUGCAUACUUCCCUGGUUGACAUCCAAUGCCUCUUUCUGGCGUCUAUAUAUGAGAAACACGCCAUUCGGCCGUUACAGGCCUGGUUCUGUAUCCAACAGGCGUCGUCCCGCUUGAAAGUCCGUUUAUCUUCAAGACAAGCCUCGUUGGACAGUGUCGACCGGCAUCUGGAGCAGAGACUAUACUGGUCAUUGAUUAGAGCCGAAAGGGAAUUCCAACUGGAGGUCCCGUUAGGAUCAUCCGGCCUCGAAGACUGCAGAUAUCCAGACCCAUUUCCCAUGCCUCCUUUCAAUCAAUCUACACCCGCAGCGAGUUCAUCUACCAUCGAUGAAGCUGGACAGGGUGAAGCUUCCGACAUAUCAGCAAAGAUCGAGGAAGAAAGAGGCUGGUUUUUCUAUCUCGCGGAAAUAUCAUUUCGACGGAUAUUUGACAGCAUUGUCGUCUUGCUUUACCAGGGUGGCCCUCGGAGGUGGCCAUCGAACUUCACCCGGUUAGUGCGACAAUGCAAGGAUAGCGACGAGCAGAUAUCGCUGUGGUUUGCCCACCUUCCACCGCCUAUUCGGCCUACCUCGCCGCCAACAAACGACUUGUCUUUCUUUCUACAUGGCCGAUAUCUUUCAUCGCGGGAGAAAAUUUGCCGACCGUUGGUCUACGUUAUCCUCCAUCACCCGAGUCUAUUGGACGCCAAAUCAAGUGAAGAAGUACAGGAGAUGUUGUCUCUAGCCCAACAAGGUAUUGACUUUUGCGCCGUUUUGAUCCCUCAUUAUUCUGCUCACUUCCGGCACGGAGGAACCUGGUUUAUCCUACGCGCCUCGUUUAAAGCGGCCCUUCUGAUCCUGGUUGUCGUGGUUGGGCGUUUUGGGGAUGGAGCAGCUCCGGCGCUAUAUUUGCAGCCUCCGGAUGAUUGGAUUGGCCUGGUCAAACUGUCACUGAAAACGUUGCGGAAGUGGGAGGACGAAUCAAAAGAUGUAGAGAGAAUGAGAAUCAUCCUCGAGGGAAUUCUGGAUCGUGUCUCUCGAAUCACAACAUAA